AAAAAUUUACGUCAUCGCAUGCGCAGAAGAGUAAACAGGAAGUGGCUAAAAUCGUCGGCAUAAUCAGCUAUAUUUUGGAUUGUUUUGCGAAAAAUUAACCUUGGAAAAUGGAAUUAGCACAUAGUCUAUUAUUGAAUGAAGAAGCUUUCAAAAAAAUUCCAGAAAAUAAAAGACCUGUAUUUGUAUUUGAAUGGCUGAGAUUUCUGGAUAAAGUUCUAUCUGCCGCACAAAAAUCUGAUAUAAAAGAAAAACAGAAGAAAUUAGUGGAACAAUUAAUAAAUCAAAUAAGUGAAUCUCCGGGUCCGCCAACGAGAAAGCUACUAGCCAGAAACCUCGCCACAUUGUUUGUUGUUGGCGAUUCAUUUGACCUGUUUCAUACGAUCGGCAAAUGUAAUGAUAUCAUAAAGAACAAGGAUGACUCUCCAAGCUUCCUGCCAACGAAACUUGCAGCCAUUGCUUGCUUGGGAGCAAUGUACGAAAAGCUCGGGCGGAUGACAGGACGAUCAUUUGAAGAUACUGUACAAAUACUCAUUAAGGCUUUAAAGAAUGCUGAGAGUCAAGGACGUAGUGAGAUAAUGUUGACCUUGGAGAAGGUAAUUGGAGGUCUGGGGUCUGCAGGAGGUGGGAUAUACAAAGACAUAUAUAAGGCAGCUAAACAGUGUAUGACAGAUAGGGCCAUGUCUGUAAGAUGUUCAGCAGCAAAGUGUAUGAUGCAGUUGGUUAAAGAAGCACAGUUUAUGUAUACAGCAGAACUAGAAACAGUUACUUCCCUUUGUUUCCGAGCUUUAGAUGGAUCUAAUUAUGAUGCACGUUGUGCUAUUGGUAAACUUCUUGGUGAACUGCUUUAUUCUGCCCAGUCUGUGAAGACACCUGUGGGUAAGUCUAAGCUUGUUAAAGUAGAAGAUGUUCUAACUCUCCUGGCAUCAGGUUUCCUUAAAGGAGGUAUUGGUUUCUUAAAGAGUUCUGGUGAAAUGAUUAAAGGCAGCUCUAAAGAAAUAAACCGAGAAAUCAGAGUGGGCAUUACACAUGCUUACAUAGGGUUUGUAAGAACAAUGGGAGGUUUAUGGUUGGAACGAAACAUUUCUCUUUUUCUAAACCAUGUCCUUAACCUGGUGGCCAAUCCUAAAGCCACACCCACCCAUGUGGAUGCUGUCUAUGCCAGGAAGUGUGUCCUAUUUAUAAUGCGAUGUUGUAUUGGUGAAUUACUGGGAGAGAAAGCUCAGAUUGCAGCUGCCAAGGAAAUAUGCCAAAUUAUAAUCAAACAAAUGAAUACUGUUGGGGAGGCAGCAGUGGAUAGUGCCAAUGACGCCAAGUCACAAAGUAUACUAGGUGGGCAACAUGUGCUGGUGUGUGCUCUACACGAGUUGGGAAGUCUUGUUCUUAGAUUAGGAACUUCAGCUAGUCCCUUAGUAGCAGAACCAGCAACAGGUAUUAUAGAACCAGUUGUGUCAGUAUUGAUACACCCCAGUCCAGCCUCCCGACUCUCAGCGUCAUGGUGUCUUGGAUGUAUAGCUCGAGCUCUACCCUCACAGUUGACUCCUUUAUUAGAUCGGUGUGUAGAGAGAAUGGAUAAAUUGAAGAGUUCCCCUGAGGCAGUGUCUGGAUACAGUAGUGCUAUAGCUGCCCUUUUGGGCGGCAUUUACCAAUGUCCUCUGGGAAUACCUCACGCAAAGGGAAAGCAAUUAUUUAAUUUGGCGGAGGAGUUACUGAGGACUGCAUCACAGAACAGUAGAUUAUCUCUACAGAGAACACAGUCUGGAUGGUUGUUAUUUGGAUCUUUGAUGACAUUGGGAACACCAGUUGUGAAGAACCAUUUACCCAGAAUGUUGUUACUAUGGAGAAAUGCAUUCCCCAGAUCUAACAAGGAAUUAGAAUCUGAGAAAGUAAGAGGUGACGCUUUUACUUGGCAGGUCACUUUAGAGGCAAGGGCUGGUGCACUAGGAGCUAUGUACAGUUUCUUGCUGAACUGUAGAGAAUUGGUCACAGAGGAUGUUAUUAGAAGAUUACUUGCACCUCUAGAGUGUGCACUUCUCAUGUUUUCACAUAUCCCUGGUGUUAUAAAACAGUGUGGCUCCCAGUUGAAGGCCAGUGCUGCUAUGGUUAGGUUGCGCUUAUAUGAUGUCUUAUCGUUACUCCCUCCAGACACAUUUGAGGCUACCUAUACAGUAUUGCUGAGAGAGUUGGUGGCCGAGUUCACAUUGACAGAUAAUCCAGCCAAUACAACAACAUCACUCCUGAGAUCUCUCUGUCACGUGGACGAUAGUGUUAUAUUAGGAUCAUGGUUACAGGAAACUGACCAUAAAGCUAUAGAAGAUCAGUUUGAACCUGAACGUAAAGUGGAUUCAAAUGUACUUCAACCAAACAGUGCAUCAGGGUCUGGAGCAUUAGAACAUGAUUCACACUCGUUAUAUCAAAGAUGCCCUCUGAGUGACCCAGUUCCAGGACCUCUGCCAUUGGGUGUAGCAGUGAUUGAUAGUUCUGUCAAGUUGUAUGGAUCAGUAUUCCCACGUGUGGCACAUAAACACAGGUUUCAGAUGUUACAACACUUUAACGAAUGCAUCAGACAAGCCAAAUCAUUCAGACAGCAGGCUGUACAGAUGAACAUAUUUACUGCAGUGUUGUGUUCAUUAAAGAGUUUGGCUGAAACAAAGACCAGUGUUGGACCAGAUGAUGUUAGACAGGCAGCUUUCAACCUUAUAUUGGGUGCUUUAGGAAGUCAGAACCCAAUCUUAAGAUGUGCUGCAGGAGAGGCCUUGGGUAGAAUAGCUCAGGUGGUUGGAGAUAGUAGAUUUAUUGCUGAUAUGGCACAAAGUAGCUUUAAUAGUUUGAAGUCCGCCAGAGAUGUAGUUAGCAGGACUGGACAUUCCCUUGCUCUGGGUUGUCUUCACAGAUAUGUUGGAGGGAUGGGGUCAGGACAACAUCUGAAUACAAGUGUUAGCAUACUCUUAGCCCUAGCACAAGAUUCCAGUUCACCAGUUGUGCAGGUUUGGUCAUUACAUGCUUUAGGACUAAUAGCUGAUUCAGGAGGUCCUAUGUUCCGUAGUUACGUGGAGCCUACCUUGACCUUAGUGUUACAGUUAUUACUGACAGUGCCUCCCUCUACAGUAGAUGUUCAUCAAUGCCUGGGGAAAUGUUUGUCUGCACUCAUAACAUCAUUAGGACCUGAAUUACAAGGAAACAGUGGUUCAAUAGCCACAGCCAGAUUAUACUGUAUGGUGUGCUGUGCUAUUAUGCAGUGCCAUCAGGACUCUUUAGUCAACGCUGAGGCCAUCACAUGUCUACAACAAUUACAUAUGUUCGCUCCCCGUCACGUCAAUCUGACAUCAUUAAUUCCUCAGCUUUGUGAGAAUUUAGCCAGUGGUCAUUUAUUGUUACGAAGAGCUGCUGUGGGCUGUUUACGUCAGCUGGUGACAAGAGAGGCUGGGGAGGUCAGUGAGCAGGCCCUAACUCUAGCCGUCAGUGAAGGGAAGGAAGGACAACCUGAUUCCUUUAUUACUGACACGGGAUUAGAGGGGUCGUUAUUUGGGAUGAUGGAUACAGAGACGGAUGGUAAACUGAUAUCAGACGUACAGGACACCAUUGAUAGCUUAUUACAAGCACUGGCCACCCGUAAUCUCACUCGAUGGCUCAAACUUCUUAAAGACGUCCUCUCAGCAUCAACAGACACAACCAGUAGUUUACAGGAUGGAGAUAAUGAUUUAGAUGAUAAAGAUUCUGAAGAUGAAGAUGACAAUGAAACAUUUACUGCUUUAGAAGCUGAUGUAACUCACCCUACUGUAGCUCCAAGAUGGCCGACUCGAGUGUUUGCUACUGAAUGUUUAAGAAUGAUUGUAACAGCCUGUGAAGUAGAUGAUACACAUUUUGAUCUGGAAAAAGCAAGGAACCUCAAGAAUACAACUGGUCAAGUGAAUUACUUAGUGUUACAUCUGUCAGAAUUGGUCAGGAUGGCCUUCAUAGCAGCUACCUCAGACAGCAACCAACUUAGACUUGCUGGACUCUCUGCUUUACAGGAUGUUAUUAUGAAGUUUGCUAAGGUACCAGAACCAGAAUUUCCAGGUCAUGUGAUCUUAGAACAGUUUCAAGCACAGGUUAGUGCAGCAUUGCGACCAGCUUUCUCUCAAGACACACCCUCGGAUGUGACUGCAGCAGCUUGUAAUGUAUGUAGUACAUGGAUUGGAAGUGGUGUUGCCAGGGAUUUAAAUGAUUUACGCAGAGUUCAUCAACUACUUGUAUCCUCAUUAGCAAAACUUAACUCAGGAAAAUCACAGUCACAAAUAUACAACGAAAGUGCAGUCACAAUGGAAAAACUAGCAGUAUUACGAGCUUGGGCAGAGGUUUACAUUGUAGCUGUUGAAAGAGAUAAAGAGAAUGAAAAAGGAGUAAAUAAUAAAUCUAAGUUUGACGAUGAAUAUAGUGACAACUCUAGAGAAAGUUUAUUAUCUCUUGUCAAACCAGAGUUACCUACCCUUAGUCAGAAUUGGUAUGGGGCUCUCAGGGAUUAUGGCUAUCUCUCACUUCCCUCGGAAUACUCGAGUCAGUUGCCAUCAGAAGGUGGAACAUUCUAUCAUCCAGAUACAAUAGAGUCGGCUAAGCAGCAUUAUAAACAAUGUUGGCCUUCUAUACUACAUGCAUUAACCAUAUGGCUAAAAGAGACAGAAUUUACAAAUAAAGAUAAAGAUGAUGGCAAUGAGAACAAUGUUCCAGCUAACAUGAAUGAUGUGAAUAAAGAAAGAUUUUUCUUACUCUUAGGUGUAACAAUGGAAGCUUUAACCAAUCAUACAACUAUUAUACCUGAACUGAAUUUUAUGUCCUUGUUAAAAGGAUUACAUGCAAUGGUUGUCUCUGAUUGGCCACGUAAAUACAUCGCUGAAGAUCCGGUAUUAUCUGUAGAAAUUCUAACUGUGAUGCAUAGAACAUUCCUAACAAGAGAAAAUCUACAACUUCAUUUAGUAGCUGCUGAUGUAGUAAAACAAGUUAUCCUUAGUUACACAGAUUUCUUAGACUCACAGAAAAUCUUUAAUAAAGAGAAAGAAUCUCCUGUGAGUACCGAGAGUAGUACAGAGUCCAUGGAUACCACAGAUAGUAAUGUUACAGUUGGAGAAGGAGGGGAAUCAGGGGAAAUAGAACAAGGAAAAUCUCUUGUCUUUGCUGCAUUAGAGGCCUGUAUGUGUGUCAUAUCAAAACAUAUCCCUGUAUUGAACCCCUCAGCUCCCACAACUGGUUUCCAGGCUCCUGCACGACGUUUGUCAGACGAGUGUUGUCAACUGAUGGCUGCUGUAGUGUCUGUACUAGGAGAUCUGCCCAGUCUGUGUUCACCUGCAGGUAGUACCAAUGUCCUACCUACAGUUUUGUAUUUGAUUACGGGUGUGUUAAGAGAAAUGUCUUCCAAGUCUGCCGAGAGGAAAUCACCUGCUGUUGUUAGCUCAUGUUUAUGCACGCUGAAAUCACUUUGUACCUCAUCAUUCCUCUCUGACGAUACUAUCUCUGGACGAUGGUCACAGUUGUUACAGAGUGCUCUCAAAACUGUUCUCAAUAGUGCUAACCAAACUGAAGAGAAACCUGCCAUGGAUGAUGUGACUUUAUUAGGAACUGUUACAAUAUUUUUAUUAUAUGCACCUCCAGAAAUUGUUGACUGUAUGGAUAUCAGGAAUCAAUGUCUGGAUAUGUUUCUAAACACCUGGGCCUCACAUAUAUAUGAGAUUCAACUAAAAAGUAUCCAGAUGUUUACUUCAAUAAUACAACAUUUAGGUAAAGAGCGUGCUGGUGGCUUCAUUAAAGGUUUCGCUCCAAAGUUAGCAGAAUAUUUGUUACGUGUUAAAGACAAUGUAGCAGUUGUGGAUGACGAAUUAAAUAUUGUUAUAGCAUCAUUGGGUGCGUUCGAAUCAUUAGUGCCAUUAGCUAAUGAUGAUAAAAAAUUAACAGUGCUGACUAUAUUUAUUCCUAUUCUUGUUUCAUUUCUAUUGGAUGAUUUUGACAGUGCAUCUACAGCUAGGGGAACACUCCAUGAAGAUUCAUUACAACGAUUGAUGAAAAUAGGACCACAAUAUCCAACGGAAUUCCGUACAAUAAUGGCAGGACAAUCCAUUCUUAAAUCAAAACUUGAAAGUGCUAUAAAACUCAGUCAGACAGCUAAAAAUAUGGCUUUAUCUAAAUCUAAUUCACAUGACCUAAAGGCUACCAGUGUACCUGUUAAACCAAGGAUUACGUUAAAGACAAAUUUUGGGAAUUAUACAGGUUAAAGACUACACAGUAGAUCAUUAUUUGUAUACCAUUGAUAGCUAUUGUCAUCUUUUGAUUACACAGAAUAAAAUUGAGAAUGGAAAGAAGUUUAGGUUAGUUGAUAUUAGUGCAUUCUGGGUAAUAUUUUCUCAAGCUUUCAUAAACAGAAGUUUAGGUUAGUUGUUAUUAGUGCAUUCUGGGUAAUAUUUUCUCAAGCUUUCAUAAACAGAAGUUAAGUUAGUUGAUAUUAUUGCAUUCUGGGUAAUAUUUUCUUAAGCUUUCAUAAACAGAAGUUUAGGUUAGUUGUUAUAAGUGCAUUCUGGGUAAUAUUUUCUCAAGCUUUCAUAAACAGAAGUUUAGGUUAGUUGUUAUUAGUGCAUUCUGGGUAAUAUUUUCUCGAGCUUUCAUAAACAGAAGUUAAGUUAGUUGAUAUUAGUGCAUUCUGGUUAAUAUUUUCUCAAGCAUUCACCCAGUAGUUGAUAAUUCUCAGAUCUGCAGUGACAUCACAACAUGUAACUGACCAAUCAAUGAUUAGCAUUUUUGUUAUGUAAACAAUGUUGAUAGGUGAUGCGGAUAAGAUUCCUCUAGAUUUUCCAUAGACUUAUUGCAAAUUAAUUUAAUUGAUAUAUAUCAUAACCAGUUGAAUAUAGUAAUUUUACUCUUUUAAUACUGUUAAAGACACUAUAUACUAUCUCCAUUUUG